AUGAAUUAUAUGCUGGACAUUCAUAAAUGUAGCUGGGUUGCCUGUAUUGCUCUUAUCCUGGCCAAAUACCAGAACUCUGGCAACGCACAGCUCAUUUGCAGAAGGAGACACUCGCAUAAGGUGGAAGACGACGAAGAGAGACGGAGAAGACAAAGAAAGAGAAGGACAAGACUAAGAGAGAAGGUGGAGGAGAAAGAGGAGGAAAAGACAGAGAGGAAGAGGAUGAGGUGGAGAAGACAAAGACAGAAGAAGGAGAAGAAGACAAAUAGAGGAGGAGGAGGAGAAGACAAAGAGAGGAGGAGGAAGAUAAGACAAAGAGAGGAGGAGGAGGAAACAAAGAGGAGAAUAAGAAGGAGGAGGAGACAAAUAGAGGAGGUGGAGGAGGAGAAGACAAAGAGAGGAGGAAGAGGAGAAGAAAAAGAGAGGAGGAGGAUAAUAAUAAGACAAAGAGAAGGAAGAGGAGACAAAGAAAGGAAGUGGGGAGAAAAAAUAGAGAGGAGGAGGAGACAAAUAGAGGAGAGGAGUAGAAGACAAAGAGAAAAGGAGGAGAGAACAAAACAAGAGGAGGAGGAGGAGGAGGAGGAGGAGAAGACAAAGAAAGGAGGAGAGAACAAAACAAGAGGAGGAGAAGACAAAGAAAGGAGGUGAGAACAAAAAUAGAGGAAGAAAAGGAGGAGGAGAAGACAAAGAAAGGAGGAGAAAACAAAACGAGGAGGAGAAGGCAAAGAAAGGAUGAGAAGACAAAGAGUGGAGGAGAGAACAAAAAAAAGAGGACGAGGAAGAGGAGAGAACAAAAAUAGAGGAAGUGGAGGAGGAGAAGACAGAGGAGAAGUAGGAAGAGACAGAGGAGGAGGAGAUGACAAAAAGGAAAAAUAGAUGAGGAGGAGUCAAAAAGAGGAGGAGAAGAAGACAAAGUGAGGAGGCAAAAACAAAGAGAGGUAGAGGAAAAGACAAAGUGAGGAGGGGAAGACAAAGAGAGGAAGAGGAGAAGACAAAGAGAGGAGGAGGAGUAGACAAAGAGGAGGGGAAGACAAAGAGAGGAAGAGGAGAAGACAAAUAGAGGAGAAGGAGGAGGAUGAGAAGACAAAGAGAGGAGGAGGAGUAGACAAAGAGGAGGGGAAGACAAAGAGAGGAAGAGGAGAAGACAAAGAGAGGAAGAGGAGAAGACAAGAGAGGAGAAGGAGAAGACAAAGAGAGGAGAAGACAAAGAGAGGAGGAGGGGAAGACAAAGAGAGGAGAAGGAGGAGAGAAAGAGAGGAGAAGGUAAAGAGAAUGUCGAAGUAAAAAAUAUUACAUAAAGAGAACAUACAAACUACACACAUUUAAGUCGCUAUACUUGCAAAUAUGCGCAGCGAGCACAGCAAAAUAUGGUAACACACGCAU